CGCUCAAUUCUUUCUCCAAUUUAUACACAUGAUUCUUCAUUGAAAAUUCAAGCUCCUUUAGUAUUUCGUCAAUUACCUCAUCCAAUUAAUAUUCGUCAAUUACCUCUUCCAAUUAAUACAAAAGCUCCUUCAGUUCAUCCUCCAAUUGAUGUAUUCUCUCCAACACCACCCUUCAAGAAAUUAGAUGUUUCUUACACUUUCGGUUCUUCGAUACUUUCCUUCAUACCUCAGAACCUAUUUAAUGUUCCGAAUUUAGAAUACCACUAA